AUGAGCGACAUUCACACCGACAAUGAUUUCACCCCCUCUCACGACAUGGCUUCCGAGGAGGCCACCCACUCUUCAUAUGACAAUUCAUCACCUAUCCACCCUCCAACAACCAUUGAUCCGCCCAGGAUUCAACAACUGGUCGUCACGGACGAACUCCUUCAACUUGCCCCUUCGUUAUCAGGAAACGACUUCUUCGCAGCACCUGAUGACCCCAAGCUGGAUCAUGUUUACACCGCAGAACUUUACUGCGCCAAGAACCCGCUGCAACAAUACUCAGCACCAGGUUGGGAUCUUCCCUGGCCUGCCAAUCAACAAGGCUCCCAUUAUCACUUUGAACGGGCCUUCUGCAGGAUUCUGGAACGGAUUACCGACUCCACCCGGCCUAUUGACGAAUUCGCAGCGGAGUUUAUUACCAGAGGCACUGACGUCACUGUACGAAAGGAUGUGGCAGAGUUUCUGCACAUUGUACGCUCCCAGCAGGCUCUCAUUGCCAGAGACAUUCAACAGUUACGCCACGAAAAUUUCCUUCGCGCCAAAGGAUUGCAGCCAGCACCAGAGAAGAAAAAGGGCGUCACCAUCUCCAAGGACACAAUCAAUGCUGAUAUUCAAGCCGCAGAGGAAUACGCCAAAGCUCAGCCACCCAAGAACAACAAUACCCAAGGAGGGGCACAAGGAGGAGGCAGAGGCCACAGAGGUGGUCGUGGCCGUGGCGGCGGCGGGCGCUUUUUCGGUCAAUAUCAACAACAGCCACAGUACCAGCAACAGCCACAGUACUAUCAGCAACAGCAACAGCCCUAUGCUGCGCCGUAUCAACAACCAGCGCAUUAUCAACAACAACCGCCCAUCGCCUUCCAACCCCAAGGAUUCGGCGAUUUCAGCGGAUUUGGACAGCAACCCCCACAGGGUUUUCGCGGGGGUCGCGGCGGACGGGGCCGAGGCCGCGGCCAGACCUGUCAAGAAAGCAGACCAAGCAAUAGAAUGAAGUAG